CAUUUAAACUUCUCCACACAAAUUCCUAAUGCGGAUUAUCAUUGCAUCAAAGGAAGUUCAACUCCCAUACAACACAUAUUACCCAAUGAAUACCGAAAGCUUGCCACACACUUAAGAAGGAUGUCGCUUAUUUUUACAGAACAACUUUCUACAUCAGAUGGUAACACUAUGUUAACCCUUUUCAAUUUAACGGCAAAUUGGGAGCUAACUAAUCUGACUGAUAGUAUAGGUCAAGUUAAUUUAGUAGCAGUAAAUGAGCGUAAUGCUGAACAGAUAGGUACUGAUGGAUUAAAUAAGGCACUUGGACAACCCGGAAAUGCAAUAGUCAAAUUGAGAGCUGUAGAAGGUCUAUGGGAUGAGAACUGGCGUAUAGCAGAAGGGUAUUUUGAGAGAUCUGGGAUAGAUUUCGAUGAAUGCCUUCUUUAUACUCAAAUCCCUCCUACAAG